UGUCUAUCGAUUCAUAUGUAUAUACAGAAAAACAAAGAUCAAUAAGAUUUUCUUGUUUUCUGUAAAACCAGCAUUAUAAUUUUCCUAUUUCGCCUAUCAUAUAUAUUCAUAUAUCCUAUAUAUAUAUCACAUCAUAUCAUAUCACUAGUACUUCUAUACUCCCUUCUUGAAAGACUAGAGAGACCACCAUUUCAAUAGAACAGAGUCUACGGGGGAGUGUGGAAGCAACUAAAGGGAGAAGGCGAUAAGGAAAUCUAACUCUGUAUUGUAUAUCAUAUUAUACAUAUAUAUAUGCAUAAUAAAUAUGAAAUACGCAGACAUGCAUAAAAGGAAAUUGUAAUAGUAAUAAUAAUAUUAAUACUCAUCAUAAUGACAUGCAAUAUCAUACCUAUCUAGAAUAGAACAAAGUGGACUUCAAUUCACCACUCAAAAAUACACUUGUAUACACACAGUCUACCAUAUUUAUUUAUUGAUUGAUUGAUUGGUUGAGAAGCUUAAAUGUACCUAAGGGAUCAAGGUUACCCUGUCCUAAGAAAUCUCAAAAUAUGCUAUGAUAUAUCAAUUACAAAAAAAAGUUGAGCUAAACACUGAGAUGUUGUGAAAAAAAAACAUCGAUUAAAGACACUACACAACAGUCUAUUUUAAGCAAAUGGAACUAUAAACCCUCAUGCUUUACUGUCAAGAACAUUCAUCAAGUGGAAUACACAAAUACAUCUUAUAAAUACCAUUAUUAUUAUUACUAUAAUUUACAACGAAAUGUACUCAGAAAAGUAUCGACAAUCGACGGAUGACGGUCAGGUAACAGCUGAGUCGAAAUUGUUGACUAAUCAAGAAUAUACGGCUAGUAGUGCAAAUAAUAACAAUAAUAAUACUGGUGUCUCUCAUCCGUCAAAUAAUGACAGUACAGAGGAUAAUAGAAAUAAUAGCAAUAUUAAUAAUAAUAAUAAUGAUUUUAUGAGAUCUAUUGAAGAAGGGGAUAAGUGUAGUUUGUCUGUUGGUCUAGUGAAACAGGUGGAUUCUGAUGACACAGAACUGAUGACGAACGCACCACAGAAAAGAAACUGGAAGGGGAUACUUCUCGCUUUGCUGGUUAUUGUCUUCAUAUCUUCACUUAUUCUUACAGCGAGUAUAUUGACAACACCAAAAGAGAAAAAGAUCGAUUAUGGUCUACCGCUGACAUUUUCUGACCUUGUACAAGUCAAUAAAUUGUUGAACGCAUUCAUUACACAAAGAAUAAAUGACCAUCUUAUUUAUUUAACAGAAAAACAUGAUUUAAUGAUACUGGACUCAAAUACACUGGAGGAAAGACAGCUGUUAUCCCAUCUCACUAUAAUGGAGAAAAGUGCGUUUUCGGGAAUAUUUUCAAUAGCACCAGAUUUCUCAGCAAUUGCUAUAGCAUAUGAAUUAAAAGAUCGUACACGACGUAGCGGAAGAUCAAAAUAUGAUAUUCUUCAUUUAAAUGGCUUGGAAAACGGAACUUCAGAUGAAGAACGACUUGAAAUUGGUGUCACAAAUGACGUAAUGGAGCAACCAUAUUUAGAUUUUAUUCAAUGGUCACCAAAAAGUGAUCGUUUGGCUUUUGUCUAUCGAAAGAAUGUUUAUCUUCUUGUCAAUCCAUUCGAUUUAGACAAAAAGAGAAUUAUAAAUGUAACACAUUCCUUACCACAAGAUAAUUGUUUGUAUGGAGUAUCGACGUGGCUGUAUGAAGAAGAAAUUUUUGAUACCAAUAAAGCCUUAUGGUGGAGUAAAACUGGAAAAUAUUUAGUUGUAACUGGAUUUGAUCAAAGAAAUGUUUCUACUCAUGAAAUACUUAAAUUUGAAGAUGAAAAUGAAUUAAAGGAUAAAAAUGUUAAGAUUAAAUAUCCUAUGGCUGGUGAAACAUCCCUGUAUAACAAUCCAGUUGCUACUCUCUAUUUAUUCGACAGUGAAGGACAAAACUAUCAAAUAAUUCCUCGACCACACUUGGUUCCUUGGGAUGCAUUGCUGGUGUUGACACGUUGGAUGAAUGAUGACAUUUUCAUACAUGCAUGGACAAAUCGUAUACAAAAUCGUGGCUGGAUAUGCGUCUUCAGUAGGACACUGAAUGAAAGUUGGGUUAUAUAUAAAACUGCUUAUGACAAUGGAUGGGUUAAUUUGAUGAAACAAGUUCAUGUUGAACCGUUGAUUAACGAGGAAAGACAAGAAAUGUUAAUUGUACUACCAAGAGAUUAUUCUGAAAAAGCCUACAGAGGUAUAGCUAAACUAAGAAUUCCUUUGAAACCUGAAGCUCCACAAUCACCAAAAUGGAUAGUUACACCAGAGUUUGAUGUAAGGGAUAUAUUACAUUAUGAUGGUAUCGAUGAAGUACUAUUCCUUGGAACAGGUCCAGAUCCAAAACAUUUAAAUUUAUACUGGACUUCAUUGUCAGACAGUGAAAACAUACUAUGCCUUACAUGUGAUAAUGUUAACUACACAUACAAUUUGGUAGAUGUUUUUCCCAACGGUAAAUACUUUAUACAAGAUAUACGUGGUUCAAGUGUACCGAAAACAAUGCUGAAACGGAUUGAUAGAAAUUUAUCAGCAACAGAUAAUUCAACCGUAUCAACAACAUUCAUAAAAUAUUUUGUACAAAAUGAACAAUUUGAAACAUUUGUCAAAACACAUGCACUACCGCGUAUUGAAUAUACCAAGUUGGUACUACGUCAAGGGACAAGACAUCAAAUUGAAGUGGAAGCUAAAUUACUCCUCCCACCAGAACUUGAUCCUGCACAUAUUACACAAUAUCCACUACUAUUAUACACCUAUGGAGGUCCAACAAAUCAGGUGGUCAGUACAAAAUUUGUAAUCGAUUGGAUGACAUAUAUAUCAGCAACUGCAAAAGUUAUUGUUGCUGUAGUUGAUGGUCGUGGUACAUCAGGUCGUGGAAGAGUUUAUGAGCAUUCCAUUUACAAGAAACUUGGUUUAGUUGAAGUUGAAGACCAGUUGGACAGUGUUAAAGCCUUGAUUCGACGCUAUCAUUACAUAAAUGAAAGUCAAGUCGGUGCUUACGGUUGGUCUUACGGUGGAUUCACUGUUGGCCAUCUAAUCACUAGACCAGAGAAUGAAUGGAUUCGAUGUGGGAUUUCAGUUGCUCCAGUUACAGAUUUCAGAUAUUAUUCAACUGUAUAUACUGAAAGAUACCUUGGCAGAUUUAUUAACGAUCCAGAUGCAUAUGCACGUACUGCUAUUAGAAAUGUUAAGAAUUUAGCUAACAAAGGAUAUUUACUAGUUCAUGGAACUGCUGACGAUAAUGUCCACUUGGUUAACACAGCUAGACUGAUAAAAGAUCUGAUUGCUGCAAGUGUUGAUGUCGAUGUAAUGAUUUAUCCGGAUGACAAUCAUUUCUUGUCCAAGGGAAGAAAUCUUGAACAUCUUUAUCGUAAAAUGACAAUAUUUCUACUCGACUGCUUCAAUAAAACCUCAGUUAAAUAUUCCUUGGAUUUAUCAGUUAAAGAUGAUCUGUAAAUGAGGACCAGGGUAUCUGGAGACAGAGUGAGAUAGAGCAUGGAGAAAGCAUUCAGUGACCGACCGACCGACACACAUCCAUACAAGCGGCAACUUGUCAACUUUUAAAAGAUGUUAAAACUUAAUCUCUGUUAUUUUUUAAAUUCUCUAUUUCUUCUAACUUUUUUUCCUGGUGUUUUAAAACCAUAAAAUCCCACUCAAUUAAUCUAUUUGUUUGUAUAAAACACUGUUAUUAAUUAUAAUUGUUAAAUCUUUGUUUAUAAAAUGAUAUUGAUCAUGUUGUAUGACUUGUCUGAUUGGUUAGUGGGAGACAUUUAUCCAAAAUCAGAUCAGAUCAAAUCAGAUCGGAUCAAGUGUGUGUAGAUAUUAAACAACAUUAGCUAGCCGUGAUAUACACAUAUAAAUGCAUAUAUUACUAAAUAACUAACUAACUCACUUCUCUUUCUUCCAAAGGCAGUUAUGUGAUGAUUAUUCAGUCCUUACCACUAUUAUUACUAUCGUUACUGUUAUUACUAUUAUUAUUGAUCUUUUUAUAAACUCUCACAACUAUCACACUGAAAGAAACCAAACUAAGAGACACAAAAAAGAUCGAUUGAACCGAUCCUUAUUUCAUGAUGUAUAAAAAAAUGGUCAGCAAUAUUUGGAUUGCGAUGUAGUCUUCAAUCAACGUGGAUGUCAUAUCCACACUGUCACACAUAUAUACACACUAUACAUAACUACGUAUACAUGCAUAAUUGGGAAAUUAUGUGUAAUCAUCUCAAUGUUUAGAAGUCUAUUUAGUUUCCCUUCUUCAUUUGAUUCUUCCGUUUAGUAUUUCUACGUUUUUCCAAAUUAUUUCACUUUCUUUUUUAUCAUGAUUAAUGUUAUUGCUCCUUUUUUAUAUACAUAUAUAUAUAUAUAUAUAUA